AUGCCUGCGCCAAAGAGAAAGAUGGAACCCGAGACCAAAUACUACGCCGUGCGUGCCGGCUACAAGCCCGGCGUUUACACCAGCUGGGCCCUUUGCCAGCAGCAAAUCACCGGCUUCAAGGGUGCCCAGUUCAAGUCGUUCACGAGCUACGAGGACGCUUCCGCAUUCGCCGCUGGCCGGCCCGUCGCCUCUGCCACCUCGACUUCAUCACCUUCCAAGUUCUACGGCGUCGCCGUCGGUCGCACGCCCGGUGUCUACACAGACUGGUCCAUUGCCCAACAGGAGGUGGUGGGCUGGAAGAACCCCAAAUACAAAAAGUUCGAGACCCGCGCCGAGGCCGAGGAAUUCGUGCGCCAAUGGAGUGGCAAGCCGUCCUCCCAAGCCGUCAAGGUACCACAAGUGGACGAGACGGAUGACCUGCAAGUCAUUGCUCUGGAAGGGCCAGCGAAGAGCUCUAGGAAAGCUAGGAAAACCGGGGCCACGCAGUCUGCUCACCAGGCUCAGGAAGCCCUUGAUGAUGCUAGCAAGCCCGUCAUCAUCUACACGGACGGCAGCGCCAGAGGCAAUGGCAAGGUCGGUGCCAUGGCGGGGGUGGGUGUCUAUUUCUGCGGUGGUUUCAGGGAAAACAUCUCCGAAAGACUCCAAGGCCCCGUCCAAACGAACCAACGCGCCGAGUUGACUGCCGUCCUACGAGCACUGGAAGCCAUUCCGGACACGCAAAAUUGCGAGCUCCGCACCGACAGUCAAUACACAAUCAACUGCGUGACGUCGUGGUACAAAAAGUGGAUGAAGAACGAGUGGAGGAACGCCAAGGGGGAGGAGGUCUCCAACCAGGAUCUGAUUGUGGCCAUCCGCAAGAAGAUCGACAUGCGCGAUAGGAAGGCCGCCGAGACCAAGUUCGUCUGGGUUAAGGGGCACGGGACGGACGAAGGCAACAUCGCUGCGGAUAUGCUGGCGGUCAAGGGCGCGACAAUGAUGUUCUGAUGAUACCCAUUUCUUAUUUUCGGUUUGUUGGUUUGUUUGCACUUGAUCUCUACUUAUCCUUACUUGCCUGGCGCCAUGGGUAACUGGAAUGCGGGUUCGUUAGCAAGGUCGUGGUAUACAUAUUGAAGCGAUGUUCCUUGGAAGGGCGGCUGACGGCUUAUGUACAGUCUAUGGUAUUUUUGAUAAUCUGCGAUGUGUUGAUAUGGUGCUAUGAUGUUGGCUGGAGCAGCCAUGGACUUACAAUUCAAGUCUCGGUUCAUGAC